AAGGAAAAAACAGUAAAAAUAUAAUCCCUGAAGUAACCAGGAAGUGCAAUUUUUACCCAUUAUUUUAGUUCUUCCUGGAGGCAGUGCCAGGAGGAGCCCCCUCGGAAUCAGAUUGGCUGGAGCAAUUUGAGUAGCAACUAUUCCAGCCAGUGAGUAAGACCAAAAAAUGUUGCAGGUAGGGGUGAUGGUCUGGAGGCAUCUCUCCCUGCUCUGAGGAUUCUCUGGCUGCUGAACUGCAGUAAUGGAUGCCGUACAAGUUGCGAACACCACUUUUGCUGUUGAUAUAUUAAAAAAACUAUGUGAAAAGGAUAAAACUGCCAAUAUUAUUUUUGCUCCACUUUGUGCUUCAACCUCUCUGGCUCUUGCAUAUAAAGCUGCCAAGGGUGACACAGCAAACCAAAUGAAACAGGGCCUUCAUUUAGAAGAUGUCAAAGAUGUUCCUUUUGGAUUCCAAACACUAACGACUGAUACUUCCAAACUUGGUACUUUUUAUUCACUGAAAAUGGUCAAACGGCUCUAUGUCGAAAAGUCUCUUAACCCUACUACGGAGUUUGUCAGUUCUGUCAAAAGACCCUUCCCAUCGGAAUUGGAACUAGUAGAUUUCAAAGACAAAACGGAAGACACUAGACUGCAAAUCAACAAGUCUGUUUCUGAUCUAACUGAUGGUAAAAUGGAGAACAUUUUGGUUGAGGGGACUGUCAAUAAUGAGACGAAGAUCCUCCUGAUAAAUGCAGCCUAUUUUGUAACAAACUGGAUGAAGAAAUUUCCUGAAGGGCAAACAAAGGAAUGCCCUUUUAGAAUAAAUAAGACUGAAACCAAACCAGUACAGAUGAUGAAUCUGGAAGCUACAUUUUGCCUUGGCUACAUAAAUGAUAUAAACACCAAGAUUCUGGAACUCCCUUGUCAUAACAAGCACAUGAGCAUGCUCAUCUUGCUGCCAAAAGAUAUUGAGGAUGAUACUACUGGCUUGGAACAGCUUGAGAAGGAGCUCACCCCUGAGAAGAUGUUACAGUGGACCAACCCGAGUGCGAUGGCAAACACAAAAGUGAAUGUGUUCCUUCCAAAAUUUAAAGUAGAAGGGAACUAUGAUUUCAAAUUGAUUUUAGAAAGCCUUGGCAUGACCAACAUGUUCAAUGAGGAUGAAUCAGAUUUCUCUGAAAUGUCUGAGACUAAAGGGAUAGUUUUGUCCCAGGUCAUCCACAAAGUCUCACUGGAAGUCGUCGAGGAAGGGGCAGAGUCCCGAGAUGUACCGGGAUACCGGAUCUUGCAACACAAAGAUGAAUUUAAAGUUGACCAUCCUUUUAUUUUCUUCUUUAGGCAUAACAAAACUCGCAGUAUUGUUUUCGCUGGCAGAUUCUGUUCUCCUUAAACAGAAUGCAUUGAUUAAGAAAAGUCUGAUUUAUAUAUCUAUUACAAUUUGUAAACCUUUGAAAAUGUUGAAGGGUAAUCUAAAAAGCUUCAUAUUUCAAGUAGGCUGUACAUGAAGCCAUUUUGUAGCAGAUUGGAGAAUGUGUACUGUUGAUAUACCACAUUAGAACUGUAUGUUAUCUUACAAAGAAUACAGUUCAUUUCUUAUUUGUUUAAAGCAAUUAAUGACUUUAUAUUGGACUCUUUGGAUGGGCUCAUAGCAAUCUCCUCACAACUGAAAAACCUAUGGAGCAAAAACAUCAGGAUAUGACAUUUUCUUGGCCUUUGUAGAUGCUUCUUUCUAUCAGUGGGAAGCAGAAUUUUUCUAAAAUGGAGAGUACAUAACCUGGGAUGCAUCAAUAUUUAUGUUAAAAAUGGCAUCAUUGUACACAGCAAUCAUUUUUAGUACUGCCUUCCUGCUGCUUGUGUUUGAUAUUUGGAUUACCUUAAGGCAUUCUAAAUAAAGUGUUACAAAAAUCAUGUGCUUUAUCUCAUUACUGAAGUUAAAACCAGGGGCAAAUAGAAUUGCACACUUACUAUUAAAGAUGUAUGUAGGGGUAAAUUUGGGAUAGCAUUAGUACUUGUCUCUGGCCUGGUAGGUGGAGCCCACAAAGAGAGGACAGGGCUGGGUCAGGGAACACAAGGGUGGCAGUGGAGGUGAAGCAGAGGCAGUGGCAGGACACAGGUGGGUGAGACCCACAAUGGAUAGGCAAGGUACUCACACUCUCCACCCUGUGGUGCACUAAUCGCCUGAAUGUUGCAUCACCUGACCUCAUGGGGGAACUGCCCCCAUGCCAUGCCAUGCCAUUGGAACAUAGGAAACUGCCAUAUACUGAGUCAGAACAUUAGUCAAUCUAGCUCAGUAUUGUCUUCACAGACUGGCAGUGGCUUCUCCAAGGCUGCAGGCAGAACUUUCUCUCAGCCCUGUCUUGGAGAAGCUGAUAUGAACAAGCUGGCAAACCCCUUUAAUAGAAUUGGGGUCUGCUCUGAGAAUCCAAAAGCCAAGUUGAGGCCUGUAUCUGGGAAUGUGUUAUUGCAAGAGAUAACUAGGAUGUGAGCUUUUGAUUUUGCUGAACUACAGUAACCAAAUUGUUUAUCUCUACCCAAGGUCUAAAAUUUGUUUUUACAUUGUGAUUGUCAAGGAUAGAGGCCUGAUAGAGUGCAUGCUUAAAUGCUGAAAGCAAUCAUAUAUUAAAUGCUGAGAAUAAUAUUUUAGAGGAUUUAGGAAACUGCAUAUAUAGAUAAAGAAUGCUUGUGUGUAUGGGAAUAUAUUUUAUUAACAUAAGUGCUAAAACCCUUUGCUUGAUAUCUCUUUGAAUAAUAAUUCUUGGGACUGAAAGGUGCCAAGCUCUGUUUCUAAACUGACCACAACCUGGGUCAGGUUGGUCAAAGACAGACAUGUUUCUAUUUGAAUUAUUAAACAAAGUAUCAAGCCCAGCCCUGAUACGGUGUGAGAGAGUUUGGGGAAGGGGCAAUUUGUAUACUUUAAGGAUGGAGACAUAGAAAGAAUUGACGUGACUGUCUUUGAUUUGAGAUAUGACAACAAGCUUGGCAAAAGUUAUAAAAGAGAGGCAUUCCCCUCCCAGAGGGAAGAGAAGGGCAUACUUGACCCAGGGGAAGAAGCUGUGUGUGUGUGUGUGUGUGUGUGUGUGUGUGUGUGUGUGUGUGAACCUGUAAAGGGGAAGCACAUGCAUUGAUACCCUUUGGGAAAGUAUGUGGAUUCUUAGUUUGUGGAAGUAAACCUGUGCCCUGUAAUUGCCAAGCUACUCAGGAGGGAGCCUUCCUUUUGGGGACAGCUGGCUGCAUCCUCCCUGCUGGCACCCUCAAGGACUUCUGGCUCGACAGCCGACAUGAACCUGGUAAUAUGCUUGGCCCUUCAGAUUCCAGCAAUCUUUUUCUAGACUAGCACACCCGCCCUGUACCUCCCUCCCGUCUCUCCCCCCCCUUUUCUCAGUCUUAUAAAUUACUCUCUAUACCUUAUUCUGUCUUUUCCAGUGAAGUUCUCUGCCUCAGCCAUCGUAUGCCAGCUGACAGGAAACGGCAUCUGUUUCCCCAUUCUCUUUCCGGCCCCUCCUUUCCCCUCAAUCCCAAGCUUUUAAUGGGCAUUCCUCUUCUCUUCUCUCACUCCCUCUUCUGAGACUGUAAUUUCAGCAUUAGCGUCUUCUGCUCUCUGCCAAAACAGCCUUGGAAUGUUUGGGAACAAAUUGUAGAUAACAUCCUGUAGCUAGGAGACAAGCCUUCGUUUAGCUGCCCUUAAUGAGAGGAAAUUGAUUUUAAAACUAUUCAGCAUUUAGUAGAUUGCCUGCCUAAAAGUCAGAAAGAAAUGCCUUUUUCUGUUAAGAAUUGAAAUUGCCUUGCAUUAUAUUAUUGGUAUGAUUUAACUGUCAUUUAAAUUAUUGGGCUAGUUAAGGGAAACAUUGAUUGAAUUGUUUGCAUGUAAUCAGAGCUGAGUAGUAAGAAUUGUUUUGGGUUGUAGCUAAGCAACGAGAUAAGACAUCUCUCGCACAGAACCAAAUUCCAUAGCUUGGCCUGGGGCUGAUAAGCCACUGCCUGCUUCUAGGCAGAACUGAUUUAGCAGCUGUAUACUUUGACAAGGGAGAAUGCUUUAAAGCUGCUUUUAGCUGUUAUUGAAAUACUACACUACAAUGAAACAUGCAUUUGAUUAAGUUUGCUUGCAUGCUUAUUGCUCACAU